AUGGACAAGCCGCAACUGCAGAAGCAGGGCAAGGAGAUCGUGACCAUGAAGGACAUAACGAUGAACAAGUACGAUGUGAUCGUCACGACGCUGGAAAGUCUAACGGAGUCCACGGAAAGAGCUGCUGCCUCGUGGGACUCGACCGGGGCCCUAGAGGCGCUGGGAGGCCAAAUCGCCAUCUCGAUUGAGGAGAUGGGCAAGUACGUGACGGAGAAUCUGUGCCGAGCCCUCGCAGAAACCAUGAGGGAGGUGCUGGUCGUCGUCCUGAAGAGCAAGGAGCCGGCGCCAGAGGAUUCGCCGAUGGAGGCGAAGGGCGCGACUGAAGGAACGACGGUGGCCAAGCCGCCGGGGGCUGCAGCCGUCAGGGAGGUCAUGGUGCAGGGUGGCGCGAUGGGCAGCAGGGCAGGCGGCUCGAGCGGGGCCUCUGCAGCGGCGGUUGCCAGGCCGCCGGGGGCUGCUGUCGGCAGGGAGGCCGCUGCGCAGGGAAACGCGACAGGCGGCGGGGCCGGGGCAGCGGUCACCCACCCGCUAGGGCCGGCGGGCGCAGAGAGGGUCGGGCCAUGGGGCCGAGGUUGGCCAGGGAGCGUGCGACGAAGGAGAGGAGUGGGUUGCGCCGGCGUUCAGUGGGCUGGGUCUGCUGCCUGUUCCAACGGCCCAGGAGAUCGCGGAGGCCCGCGGGAAGAAGAAGGUGGUCGAGUUUGA